ACGUGACCCGAGCUCAUGGAGCAACAUGGCGACGAGCUGAGGAGUGUAGCUUAGCAACAAGAAGCCUCUCGUCGUCCCGAGGAAGCACCGAGGCGUUUAUUAACGUUUACAGAGGACCGUCGGUCGGUUUACGGCUGUUUCUGUGUGAUCGAGCUCUGCAGCAGCAGGAUGCCGGGGAAAAACGGGGACCAGUUCAAACCAGGAGACUUGGUGUUUGCCAAGAUGAAGGGGUUCCCCCACUGGCCUGGCAGGGUCUGUAAGUCGGAUAGCGGAUACAAGAAGAGAGUCCCGGUCUUCUUCUUCGGGACUCACAACAUAGGCAGCAUCCCUCCAGAGAACAUCGUUCCUUAUAAUCGAAACAAGAUGAAGUACGGCAGCGGCGUCCGCAUCAAAGGCUUCACUGAGGGCAUGUGGGAGAUCCAGAACACACCAGGAGUCGGGAGUAAACUCAAAGUUCCAGCACAGAUCAACACACAGACUCCACCCAAUAAACUGACCUCUUUAGCUAAACCUACACCUGUUAAACCAGCUUCUAUCAGUAAAACCACAAAUGACACUAAAUCCACUCCCAGUAAAUCUGCCUCUGCAAAGCCUGACAGUAAACCAGUGGCCGGCAGAGAUACUCCGAGCAGAGUUACUGGUGCUGCUGCUGUGGCUAAAACCCCCACAAGAGCUUCAUUGAGAUCUGCUCCAGAGAAAACGACAGACUCCAAACAGACUUCAACUUCAGAUGCAAGCAGAGUUACAAGUACAAAGGAAACUGUUGCUGCUGUGGCUAAAACUCCAACAAGAGCUUCGUUGAGAUCUGCUCCAGAGAAAACGACAGACUCCAAACAGACUUCUGAUCAGGCUCCAGAUGUUUCAGAGGCUGCUGUGACUACAAGAGGCAGAAGGUCAGCAGCAGGAGGGAGAAGUGAAAGUACCACUUCAUCAGAGAACAACAAGGAGGUUGAUGCCGAGCAGCACAGGAAGAGGACACCUGCAGGUCCUGCUGUGACCACGGCCGACUCCAAACAGACUUCACCUUCAGAUGCAAGCAGAGUUACUGCUGCUGCUGAUGUGGCUAAAACUCCCACAAGAGCGUCACUGAGAUCUGCGUCAGAGAAAACGACAGACUCCAAACAGACUUCAACUUCAGAUGCAAGCAGAGUUACUGCUGCUGCUGAUGUGGCUAAAACUCCAACAAGAGCGUCACUGAGAUCUGCUCCAGAGAAAACGGCAGACUCCAGACAGACUUCAACUUCAGAUGCAAGCAGAGUUACAAGUACAAAGGAAACUGUUGCUGCUGUGGCUAAAACUCCAACAAGAGCUUCAUUGAGAGCUGCUCCAGAGAAAACGACUGACUCCAAACAGACUUCUGAUCAGGCUCCAGAUGUUUCAGAGGCUGCUGUGACUACAAGAGGCAGAAGGUCAGCUGCAGGAGGGAGAAGUGAAAGUACCACUUCAUCAGAGAACAACAAGGAGGUAAAUGCUGAGCAGCAGAAGAAGAGGACACCUGUGACUCCUGCUGUCACCACUCCAAUCAUCAAGAAACUGGAGACGGCAGAACCAAAGUCUGCUCCGACACAAACGUCGAGGAACAAGAGAGGACAGAAAGACGAAGAGGAGGAGAAGUCAUCAGAGAGCCAAGGAGUCAAGAGGAAAAGAGACGAGAAGGAUGAAGAGAAGAAAACAAAUCAGGACGGCAGCGAUGGAAAGAAAGAGGUGACAACAAAAGAGACAUCAGAGAGUCAAAGAACAAAAAGAAAGAAAGAUGAAGAGGAGGAUAAAGAGAAGAGAGAAGUGACGAUGAAAGACAAAACAGAAGAAAAUAAGUCCACUGAGAGCCGAGUGAUGAAGACAAGGAGGGCAGAGAAAGACGACCAGAAGGAGGAGAAGAGAACAAAAGAAGUUGGAGAGAAAAAAGAGAGGGUAGAAGAGGAGAAACAGAAGAAAACAAAGCAGGAUGGAGGUGUGGAAGGGAAGAAAGAAGUGACAACAAAAGAGAAAACGGAAGAAGAGAAGACCACAGAGAGCCGAGGAGUCAAGAGGAAGAGAGACAAGAAGGAAGACCAGGAGGAAGAGAAGAAAACGAAACAAGACGACAGCAAAGGAAAGAGUGAGAAGGAGACAAGGAGAGAAACAAGGUCAGAGAGUGAGGGGAGAAAAAGAAUGAGAGAAAAGGAGGAGCAGCAAGAGGAGAUGAAGGAGAAGAAGAAGGUCGCAGAGGAGGGGAAAACCAGAGAGACCGAAGGGACGAAGACGAGGAGGGCAGAAAAAGAGGGGCAAAAGGAGGAGAAGAAAAAAGAGGAUGGUGAAGGACAGAAAGAGGAGAAGACGAGGAGAGAGACACGGUCCGAGAGUGAAGGAAGAAAGAAAAUGAUAGAAAAGGAGGCGCAGAAAGACGAGGUAAAGAAGAAGGUAGCAGAGGAGAAGAAAACUGGAGAGACCAAAGGGAUGAAGACAAGGAGAGCAGAGAAGGAGGGACAGAAGGAGGACGAGAAGAAAAAUAAAAAUGAGGACAGCGAAGGACAGAAAGAGGAGAAGUUGAGGAGAGAAACACGGUCUGGGAGCGAAGGAAGAAAAAGAACGACAGAAAAGGAGGAGCAGCUGAAAACAAAAGAUGUUAGAGAAGUGUCAGAGAAAAGAGAAGAGGGCCGAGGAACGAAGAGAGAAGAGAAGGAGGUGAAAGAGGAAAUGAUGAAGAAGAAGAAGGUGAUAGAGGAGGAGAAAACCGGAGAGAGCGAAGGGGCGAAGACGAGGAGAGCAGAGAAAGAGGAAGAGAAGAAGAAAACAACGGAGGCAGCUGAGGAAGGAAAGAAAGAAGAGAUGACAAAGAAGAAGACGGAGGAUGAGAAGGGAGGCAGCUCUGUGGACGAGGAGCGACAGCGCCGCCUGGCUGACAGUAGGGACCGUGUGUUGAAGUCUCUGAGAGGUCUGCUGAAGGACGAGAGAGUGAAGGGGAGGGAGACGACCAAGAGCCCUCAGAAAACCGGGGAUGGAGCAAAGAAGAAGGUGGAGCUUAAAAAUACAAGGAGUCAGAAGACAUCUGAGAAGACGAUGGUGAAAGAGAAAGAAUCAGCAUUCACCAAGGCGAUCGACACUAAGAAGAUCAUCAGCAAGACAGAUGUCAAACAGAAAGGAAGUGCUGAAAAAGAAGAGAAGGACGAAGGGAAGACGUCCAGCCAGAAGACAACAGCAGAGAAGAAGAAGGAGGUAAAGAAGGAUGAACAGAAGACAGAGCAGGACAAGAAGACAGACUCGAGUAAAACUACAGAUGACGCAAAGACAAAGGAAAAGGAGAGCGGGCAGAAGAAAGAAGACAAGAUGAAGAAUGAGGGAAAGAAAGACGAGGAUGCGAAGGAGAAGAAAGACGAAGAAAAGAAGGACGAGAGGAAAAUCAUCGGAAAGAUUGUGAAAGCAACGCCUGGACAAGGACCGAAGGUUCAGGUGAAGACGAUGAUGGGAGGAACUGCAGCUGUUGUAGCAGUAGAGGAGGAGAAGAAGAAGAAAGAGGUGGCAGCAGCAGCAGAGGAGGAGAAGAAGAAGAAAGAAGAGAAGGCCAGCAGAGAAGAAAAGGUAGAAGAUAAGAAAAAGAGUUCAGAGAAGGUGAAGGAGAAGGAGCAAAGAGUUGAAGAGAAGAAAUCUGAUGACCGAAAGGUAGAAACCAUUUCAGAGGUGGAGAGGAAGUCUGAAAGAACUAGAGCAGCGGCAGAUGACAAAAAAGACAAGAACGUAGUGGAGGUAGAGAAGGACAAAAAAGGUAAAAGGGAAAAUGAGACAAUGCUGAAGAAGAACGAAGAGGAGCAAAAAACGCAGAAAGUGACAUCAAAAUUGCAAGAGAAGAAGAACGACAGCGAGGUGGAAAAAAUGGCAACAAGAGAACAGAAGAAGAAGGAGGGAACGACUGAAAAUACAGGCAGCAGGUCGAAAGAGAAGAGCGAAAGUGAGAUGGAAAAAAUUGCAACGAGAGAACAGAAGAAGUCAUCAGAGGAAACAACCAAAAAACCUGAGAAGGGAUCGAAAGAGAAGAACGACAGCAAGGUGGAAAAAAUGGCAACGAGAGAACAGAAGAAGUCAGAGGAAACAACCAAAAAAAUUGACAGCGAAUCGAAAGAGAAGACCGAAAGCGAGAUGGAAAAACUGGUGACAAGAGAACAGAAGAAGAAGUCAGAGGAAACAACCAAAAAACAUGAGAAGGGAUCGAAAGAGAAGAACGACAGCGAGGUGGAAAAAAUGGCAACGAGAGAACAGAAGAAGAAGGAGGGAACGACUGAAAAUACAGGCAGCCGAUCAAAAGAGAAGAACGAAAGUGAGGUGGAAAAAACUGCAACGAGAGAACAGAAGUCAGAGGAAACAACCAAAAAACAUGAGAAGGGAUCGAAAGAGAAGAAAGACAGCGAGUUGGAAAAAAUGGCAACAAGAGAAAAGAAGAAGACGACGCAGGAAACAACUGAAAAACCUGACAGUCGAUCAAAAGAGAAGAGCAAAAGUGAGGUGGAAAAAAUGGCUACAAGAGAACAGAAGAAGAAGGAGGGAUGGACUGAAAAUACGGGCAGCCGAUCGAAAGAGGAGAACGAAAGUGAGAUGGAAAAAACUGCAACGAGAGAACAGAAGAAGAAGUCAGAAGAAACAACUAAAAAAUAUGAGAAGGGAUCGAAAGACAAGAACAAAAGUGAGGUGGAAAAAAUGGCUACGAGAGAACAGAAGAAAAAGUCAGAGGAAACAACCAAAAAAUCUGACAGCAAAUCGAAAGAGAAGAAUGAAAGUGAGGUGGAAAAAAUGACAACGAGUGAACAGAAGAAGGAGGGAACGACUGAAAAUACAGGUAGCCGAUCGAAAGAGAAGAACGAAAGUGAGGUGGAAAAAAUGACAACGAGUGAACAGAAGAAGGAGGGAACGACUGAAAAUACAGGUAGCCGAUCGAAAGAGAAGAACGAAAGUGAGAUGGAAAAAACUGCAACGAGAGAACAGAAGAAGUCAGAGGAAACAACCAAAAAACCUGACAGCGAAUUGAAAGAGAAGAACAAAAAAGAGAUCAAAAAACUGGCAACGAGAGAACAGAAGAAGAGAGAGCAGACGAGUGAAAAACCUGAUCAAAGGGGAUCAAAAGAGAAGAAGGACGGCAGAGCCGCUGCAGAACUGACCAAGAAAACAGAGUUGGAGCAGAAGCGUACCGAAGAGACAAAACCACAGAAGAAGAAAAGUGACAAAACAACAACAGGAGCAGCAGAGAAAGUGCAGGAAAAGUCAAAAACUGAAGAAGCAAAAUCAGACAAGACGAGAGAAGAAGAAGAAGAAGACAGGAUAACAAAGGUGGAGCAGGUGCAGCAGCAGAAGAGUUCGGCCAUGACGCUAACCGACUCCACGCUGCACAGAAUCCACGGAGACAUCAGGAUUUCUCUGAAGACCGACAACCCUGACAUCAGUAAGUGUCUGACGGCGCUGGAUCAGCUCAGUAUGGUUUAUGUGACGUCGAAACACGUCCAGAGACACAGUGAGCUCAUCGCCACCCUGAGGAAGAUGCGGUACUACAAAGCCAACCAGGCCAUCAUGGACAAGGCGUCCAUGUUGUACAACCGCUUCAAAAACACCUUCCUGGUGGGGGAGGGGGAGGAGGUGGUGAGCGCCGCCUUCCUGCGCUCUCUGCUGGAGGAGAAGGAGCGGGAGGAGGCCGAGCGGGCGGAGCACUGUGCGGAGAGGCUGAAGAGGGAGGGAGUGCUGCAGGAGGUGAAGAGACGCAUGGGCAAGGUGAAGGAGAGGAGGAGCAGUGACGGAGGAGGAGAGGAGAAGGAGGCGAAAACAGAAGCUCCAAUGGACUGUCCCUGAGGGUUCAGUGAUCCUGAAGCAGCCUGGACUGAACCAACUCUAACCUGAGGGGUGUGGACCAGAAACAACCCCACCCCCGCAUGGACAAUGAGAACUUCCACAGCCACAUUUACCUCAUCACACACACACACACACACACACACACACCUGUACAUUACCUGUAGAGCUCGUAUUUAUUUACUUCCUGUUGUAAAUUAAAGGGCGUUGUUAUGUUUAAAUGAGAGUUAACACUGUCACACCUGAGCAGGUGUUAACAUUAGUGCAUCACAUACUGACAUUAACAGAUCAGUGUUUCUCUCUCUUCCACUAACUCGUCACAUUAACCUGAGCAUUAACGCCAACAUUUCUUUUUUAACUUUAACCUUUAACCUGUCUUCAUAAACUAACCUUAACUGUUGUAAUCAUUUGGGUGAACUGUACCUUUAAGAAGCCAACAUAACUUCAGUCUACCUCUGCUAACUGUUGUCUGUACGCAGAGAGGGAAUGUUGUCCUUGAGUAAAUUUUGUCUUUAAUAAGUUGGUUAACAGUGCUUACGGGGACGUCACAGUAUCUGGUGUCAACUCCGACAUUUAUUAACCUGUGCUUUAAUUUUAAAGGUGCUCUGUGUGCUUUCAUCACUAAAUGGUCUUCAAACGUGUGUAUCGUUAAAACUUAAACCCUCCCAUGUGUCUGUACAGGAUGUGCUGGGGCUGAUGGGAAAUGUAGUUUUAUUAAGAAUGUGCUUUAUUUGUGUUUUUGAAUGUUUAAACUUUACGUCAUAUUAACGAUAUCGCAGCAGCUUUAAGCUCGACAUUAAAGCAUUAACCUGCCUCACUGAACCUCAACAUUCACACUUCACAUGCUGAGCACGACUCUGUGCUUUGCUCAGUGGCACCGCGGCAGUAAACUCACAUACAACUGUUUUUGUUUUUUCUGUAUUUUUAUUGUGACACAGUGAGAUGUUUUAUAUUCUUUUUUUCUGUUUUUACUUGGUGCAGCUGUUAAAGAUGUUUACUCUGUGACUCUGUUGUGUAUAUUUAUCAUUUUUACUGACAGAAAUGUACAGUUUUAUAAACCUGA